AUGGAGAAGCACUCGCAGCUCAUCGAAGAGAAGUACUUUCAGAUGCAACAGCUCAAGAUGGAGAAGGACAGUGACGAGGGUAAGGCGAUCGAUAUGGAGGCCCUCGUGCAGGCUAUUGUGGUCGCCAAUGCUAUCCGCGAUGCCUACUUGAAUGAUGCUUCGUGCGCAUCCAACUUGUGCAAGCCAAAGGGUGGAAAGAAACGAAAGACUGAUGAGGAUCCUGACGAAGCCCAUUGCGCCAAGAGACCUCGGAUCACCCCAUUCGUUGCCCCUCAUGUGCUGGAAGCGACCAGGGGAUAUGACAGGCUCAAGAAACGGCAAAAUCAGCAGUUGAAUGGUGCAAGUCUGUUGAAGUCCUGCAUUGAGAAGAAGAACUUGUUGGCACAGGAACGUGGUUAUCCAUGGUUGGAAAGCGGUUGCAGUUUCAUGUUGUCAAGUUUGCAGGGAGAUCUCAAGUGGGUGAACCAACACUAUGGCUCAGCAGUCUACUUGAUACCAGGGUCACAUCCCAAGAGAGUUCUUCAUGAUAUGGCCCAUGGCCAAUACCUGGGGACUGGCAAAACACUGAAUGGCUCCGCUUUAGUGGUGCUUUGUGAAACUGGUUUGUGGGGAAACUUGGGUGGCCCGGGCAAGUAUGAUGAGAAACUUCAAGCUGCCUUGCAAGAAGCUCAUGCUGAUUGCUUAGCUUGGAAAAAGGGCCGCAAACUCGCUUGUAGCCAACCUCGCUUUACAGUUGCCAGGGUGAACAGACGACAUCGGCAAAUGUGGCCAGUGCUGAAUUCAAAGGCCAUUGCUGGGAAAACAAUUUCAUUUUUCCUGGCUGAUCGUGCUGUGUCUUGGGCAUCCCGCGAUACAGCGACAUGGCUGGAGAAGACUCUAGCAACUUGUCUUUGGACUUACGCUCGCAUGGUGGAAAUCAUGGACUCCGCCAACAACAUUUUCACUGAGGCUGAAGCCAAUGAGUUUCAAUAUCACUGUUUGCUGCACUUGCAGACCUACGGUGUGGCGUUCAUGACGGCAAAACAUGGCUCAGUACUGCACUGCAAGAUUGAACCACAAUUCACGGCGAUGGACUUUGAGAACUUUCUGCUGGGCGUACGCAAUGUCUGGGACAAGCUGCAGGCCUUGGGUGCCACAUGUGGCGCCGCCGCCCCGCGACAAGAGGAUAUUGGUUUGUCCCACAUCUUCGUGCUCCAUCCUCUGGACUCUGAACAUCCAGAGGCGAUGCGUGCCACCAAGCUGGGGGCACGCUUGCUUCAUGAGGGACGAGUCGAUGAGUCCAUCCGUGAACUGCACGAUGCACGGCAGAUGGCGCCACUGAGCCAUGUGGCAUGCGGUAAUUUGGGCUGUGCCUAUCAAGCUAAGAAUGAUGACCGCGCAGCUCUGUAUUGGUAUCGCGAGGCCAACCGCCUGCGGCCCAACGACGAAACGGCCACAUGUGCACUCGCCUUGUUGGAACUAAGGAGAGGGCAGGCAGAUGAGGCGCGCAGGCUCUUGGUGAACUUCCUGCAGGAAGAUCCCAACCACGUUGGAGCCUUGCGCUUGUUGGGCCGGCUACAUCAGCGUCAGUGCCACUGGUCGCAGGCGGCGGGCUGUUUCCAUCGCUUGAUCUCGGUGGAUCCCAGCAACGAUGAGUGGCCCGCGCAGUUGCAGGUGUGUUUGGACCAAUUGGAGAUCAAGGAUGGUAUCGGACAGGGUCACGCCUUUUCCUUCGAUGCCACCGAAGCAUUGGCUGCCUCACACUGCUCCCGCGGCGCGUCUGCCACGGGAGCCGCACGGCCCCGGGGGCCGCCGAGACAAGAUCCGAUGUCUUCAACGUCCACCACCUGCAGCAGUUGGAGAGAUCCUUCGGGUCAUGGGGCUGCCAAACGAGGCAUUCGCGGUUUUCAUCCCAUCCAAGAAAGCGCUGGAAGUGGAGGUCUCGCAGACGCCCAGCGGGAACGUCGCCUGGGACAUUAUGACGCUGCCUUGGAGCUCUACCGCGCGGUGCUGCAAAGGGAGCCACGGCACCGGGACGCCUUGCUGGGCUAUGCGGAUUGCCAGCAGGAUCUGGGUAACAUCGAUGAAGCUUUGACAGCGAUGAAGCAGCUCUUAUCGGCCAAAUCGGAUGAUUUGGAGGCGAACUUGCGCGUGGCCGAGCUGUUGCUGGAACAGAACAAAGAAAGCGAGGUGGAACCAUACCUGCGCUACGGCCGACUCGGGAGGCGCACCGCCAGCGCGGCGUUGCAGCAGCGGCUGCUCUGUGCGGAGGCGCAGCUGGCCCUCAACAAGGAGGAGUACAGCAAAGCCUUGUCGACUGCCUCGGAGGCGGUGCGCGUGGACCCUUCCACCGGUCGUGCCCUAUUACUCCUGGCCACUGCCAGGCACCGCGUGGCGGACUACUCGGCCGCCUUACGUGCCGUGGCGGCGGCACUGGAGCCAGCUGGGGAUGAGGGCAUCUCUUCCCGACGCUUCCAAGCGGCGUGUCACGCCUUGGCUGCACAGGCCCACGAGCGGCUCAGGGAAUACCCGGAAGCCAUCGCGCGCGCCGAGCGCGCGCUGCAGUUGCAGCCGAAGCUGCUAGCAGCGCGCCUGGCGAAAGCCUUGGCGAAGCAGCAGAGUGGACAUAUCUUGGAAGCUGAAGAGGAGCUGAUGUCAAUCUUGCAGUCGAACCCGCAGCAUGGCCAAGCCCGACUACAGCUGGCCUACUGCAAGAUGGUCUCCUCCAAUUUGCCGCGCGCUGCGGCCAUCCUGGAGGGUUUGUUGGCCUCAAAGGCACCCUUGCCGCGCAGCCAGUUGGGCUGCGCCAAGGCAUACUUGGCCCUGGCCCUUGCGCAGCAGAGGAGAGAGCGGGCCGUCAACCUCGCAAAGGAAGCAGUUCUGGUGCAUCGCAACCUUCAAACCGUCUGGCACGGCAUCCAGUCCUCCCGUCUGGGCGGUCGGGAAGCGGUGCAACGCCUGCGGGGGAUCUGCGAUUUGGACCUCAACGUGAACCAGGCGAAUGAGCUUCUGCAGCUGCUGUCAGCGGAGAACCAGGCGCUGCGCGGAAGGGAAACGCCCGUGCAGAGCAUGCCGGGUACACCCACGGCUAGAGGCCUGGGAACCCCCACGGGACGUUCGCGGGAGACCUCGCAGGAGCGAGGUUUCACCAUUGGUCAGUCUUUGUGCUUGGCAAAUCCCAAAAGCACCACAAAACCGCCACGGUGGUGUGGCAAGCUCCGUGCCAUGGCGCGGCUGCUGUUGUUGAUCCUCACGGCUGCUUCAGCACAGGUGGCAUGUCCCCUCGGCACUCAGAUUUCCGCCGGCGGUGACCAUGCCCUGAUUUUGAUGCCCGGAAGCGGCUCCCUCAGCGAAGCGUACGCGCUGGGGGAUAACAGCUAUGGACAGCUGGGAGCAGGACAUAACCAGGCCAUGUCAACGCGAGUCAAGAUCCAGCUCGGGCAACGCCCCAUUGAGGCAGUGGCUGCGGGCAGCACCCAUUCGUUGCUGAUUUCAGAGGGCAAGGUCUAUGGGAUGGGCGACAACUGCCAUGGACAACUGGGCCUCGGAAGUACCGAGAGUCAUUUCUCCCCAAUGCAGAUGUCGCUGCCGGAAGAUUUAAAGGCUGUCGCCGCGUCAGCUGGCUGUUGGUUCUCACUGAUCCUGAUGCAGUCGGGAGAGGUCUACGGCGUGGGCUACAACUACAACGGCCAACUCAGUGGGGAAAGCUGGCGCCUGCUGACGCCGCAGAAGCUGGACCUGCCAGGCGCAGGCAAAGCCAAAGCUGUGGCGGCUGGAUGCUCGCACUCUCUGGUUUUGAUGGACUCCGGGGACGUUUAUGGCCUUGGAGAGAACUGGUAUGGACAGCUGGGCAUUGGGAGCAAGGAGGACCAGCAUCAGCCCAAGAAGAUGUUGCUGAACGGCACAGCCAAGGCUGUAGCCAGCGGCACCCAGCACUCCGUGGUGCUCAUGGACAGCGGAGAGGUCUACAGCACCGGAGACAACGUCCAUGGCCAGCUGGGUCUGGGGGAUAACCAGGCUACGCUGCAGCCAAGACGUGUGUCCUUCGAUGCCGACACCACGGCUGUGGCCGUGGCGGCGGGGGACCAACAUACCUUGGUGGCUCUGGCGGACGGCCGCUGCUUCGGCGCCGGCGACAACGGCAACGGCCAACUGGGGGUGCCCGGCUUUCAGAAGCGGGCCAGCUUUGUACGGAUGAGCAUCCACGAUCGCGUCCUAGACGUCGCUGCGGGCUGGUCCUACUCGCUAAUGGUGGCCCAUGGAGGAGUCUUCACGGCGGGUCAUAACCUGCUCCAGGGCACUGAGCAUUUGGAGGGAGCGCAUCCCUUGCUUUUUGAUGAGCCACCGCUGCUGCUGUGA